AUGGCAGGCAGCGACGCCGGCUCCGAGCCUGGCGAGGACCUCUGCACCGACGAGGCUACAAAACCCGCGCACGUCCAUGGGUCGUGGGCGAAGCCAGGGGCGUGCGCGAAGCCGGUGCCCCACGACUGGCUGGACGUCAUAGGCAUCCCAGAGGGCGAUCCCGUGCGGUGGUCAAAGCAGCAGGCGAGCCUCGUGAGGGACCCUGGCGGCAAGCAGGAUGCCGAAGUCGGGGAUGGCGCCGGGUUCGAGGACGAGCCGCUCAGCCCCGACGUUCCAGGCCGGGUCGAAGAGCUGACCUCCGCCUGGCCCUGCGAGGUGAUGGCGCUGUGCCCCGUGUGCUGGGUCCUGGUCUCGACGCUUGCGUGCCUGCUGGGCUGCUGCGGCGCUCUGAUCCACAGGCCCGUGGUUGAGACCUCGUUCGACUCCUUCCUGAAGGCUGACGUGAACGCGUCGGUCAGCUGGGACAACUUCCUCGCUGCCAGGGCGCAAAGGCCGACCGUCGGCCGGCGACUCUCCGAUGCCGUUGGCGACACGUCCACCGUCCAGAAGGACCUCGUCUUCGCCUACGAGCUGGGAGAGACGCUGGAAGGCGGGAUGCUGCACAGGCGCGCCCUGGGCGCCGUGGCGGACUUCGAGAGGAGGGUGCGCGGGAAGGAGGCGUGGCAGAGGCUCUGCGGCCAGACGGCCGAGGCGACGAGGAGCCUCUGCGAGCCGGGCCUGUCCCUGGCGAACUACGCGAAGCCCACGCUCGGCAUCGACGGCGCGGCCAGUGGCGUGGUGCCGGAGGAGCUGCUGCUGGACGGCGGGCGCGGACGGCCCCUGCCGUUCGCGGCGACGCGCGCGGUGCUGGACCGCGCGCACGGCGACCUGCAGGCCCUCCUCCUGCCCGAGGGCUUCGACGCGGACUCGGAGCCGCCGGGCGUCCAGCGCAUCCGCAGCGUCUUCCGCUUCAGCUUCCCGUGCUGCGCUGCGGGGGCCCCGUCCGCGGACGAGGUGGACGACCGCUGGGAGGAUUUCUUCUUCGGCACCGUGCGGCCCACGGCGGAGGAGGCGGCGGAGGAGGAGGGCCUCCUCGCGGACGUCAGGAUUUACUUCGAUGGCUCGGACAUCGAGGAUUUCGAGAUCAUCGAGGCUCUCCGCGGGGACACGGUCUUCGCUCUCGGGUCGCUUGUUUUCGUCCACGUGUACCUCUACAUGCACACGCGGAGUCUGCUACUGUGCCUCGCGGGCCCCAUCCUGGCGGGCCUGUCCCUGCCCCUGGCGUACAGCACCAGCGCGAUGCUCUUUGGCAUCACGGAGGUGUCCUUCGCCGCCUUCGUGGCCCUGUUCCUCGUGAUCGGCUUCGGCGCCGACGUGAUCUUCUCCUGCCCACCUCUGGUGUACACCGAGUUCUGGGGCAGCUCGACCUCGGGCGGCCGGUGGAAGCUCGACGUCGGGCGGGACGCCGACCAGGCCAUUCGCCUGACGUGGACUUCUUGGAACGCGGGGGUCUCGACGCUGGCGACCACCUGCACCACGUCGCUGUCCUUCUUUUCGAAUUUGGCGUCCUCCAUCCGGGGGGUGCGGCAGUUCGGCUUCAUGAUGGGUUGCUGCAUCUUUUACGCGUGGCUGCUCAUCUCGGUCAUCUACCUGCCCCUGAUCCUCGUCAGCGAGCUGUACUGCCCCAAGCGGCCCCACUGCUUCCGAGGAGGCUGCCGCCGCCGCCGUGCCGGACAGGCCGGCGCCGCGUCGCAGGCGGCGAGGCCCGAGGAGGCGGAUGCUCGGCAGGGCCUCAGCGGGAAGAUCCUCGGCCAGGGCCUGCGCUGGCUCUGGGCCGGGCGGCGCGCGUGGCUGGCGCUGAGCGCCGCGGCGGCGCUGAUCGGCGGGGUGCUCGCGGCCGCCCAAGUGAAAGUGAACCUCGGGUCGCCCAGCAUCUUCCCAGAGGACCACAACAGGCACACCGUGGAGGACAUCGUCAGCCGCUUUGCCACCCUGAAAAGCGCCAUGCCGUCGGAGUUCUUGCCCCUGGACACUUCCAUGGCAGUGUGCAACGCUGGGAAGCUCGAGUCUUUUGCCCAAGAGACGCGAUGCCCUCUGCUGUGGUGCAGUGCGCAGGAGUGGUCCGGCGCGUCCGGCGGCUGCUCCUGCAUGCGGAAAGAUAACUGCAACGAGAACCACAGCGACAUCUUCGUCGACCAGUAUUUCGUGCUGGACGACUCCUCCAUCCUAGGCGACUCCGGGACGCCGGGCUGGCUGCUGGACUACAUCGGGGGCGAGCUGGGCCUUGGCGGCGCCCCGACCGCUCACAGCGCCGCGCCCCCGCGGGAUCUCAAGGUGGUCAUGCAGGAGUGGGUGACUGGAGACAUCGAGAUGCGGGAUGCGAAGCACAUCAGGACGGAUGUGGCGAGGCCAGAUGGCGACGAAUCGUGCGGCUGGGUCGAGACGUGCUUCUGCGCAGGGCCCACCAUGUGCAGUCGACAGCAGGCGCUUGAUGCUGGCUG